AUGGCCGCAUCACCCGCCUACCAGACCGUGUCGGGCUACAUGACGCCCGUGUCCGACGAGGACACGCUGCAGAUGUGGACGCCCGCGGACGCCGAGACCCAGGCUCUCGAGGACCAGCUCAACUCCCACCCGUACGUGCAGUCGCUGCGCCAGAACCCGGCCUUCGCGGAGCACCGGCCGCACCUCAAGGUGCCGCCGGCGUGGCGGGCGCACAACCUCACGGGCGGGACGCUCAUGGGGCCGGGCAAGGUUCCGAUCCCGCCGCUGGGGUUCGUAGACGCGACAGGCGAGAAGAAGGAGUUCAUCCAGAUCAGCUACGUGGGGCAGGACCUGUGCGGGCACCCGGGCAUCGUGCACGGCGGCUUCCUGGCCACCAUGCUCGACGAGGGCCUGGCGCGGCCCGCCUUCGAGGCGCUGCCGCACCGCGUCGGCAUGACGGCCAACCUGAACGUCAACUACAGGGCGCCCUGCAAGGCGGACCAGUUCGUCGUGCUCAGGGCCGAGGUCACCAAGUCCGAGGGCCGCAAGGCCUGGGUCCAGGGCAGGAUCGAGACGCUGCCCGAGGGCGACGACAAGCCCGUGGAGCUGGCGAAUGCCACGGCGCUCUUCAUCGAGCCGAAGCAGGCUGCGGGUCUGCGCAAAUUUGCACCGGCUACAUAA